UUAGGUUGCGUGUCGAAGACGAUAAGCUAGGGAUCGCAAUCGAGAGAUAAAUGUGGCAGGCAUCAGUCUCAUGAGCCGUUGGCUCCAUUUUUGCCAAGAAUACUACGGCAAGAGCUCUCUUGUUCCGAACUGCGAAGGCUCAUUAGCCCAGAUUCCAGCCACCAAGCAAGUCGACUAACGAUUCACCACGCACUUUGCAACACCAUGAAGACCGCCUUCCUGUCAGCCCUCGCUGUUGCUGGAGCAAUUGGCAUGGCUGUCACGGCCACAGAGUGCGACUUGACGAGUAUUGAAGAUACUUUGCUGGCCAACUCGACGAUCGCAGCCAAAAUGACGCCCGCUCAAGAGAAGUGCGAAGAAGACACGGGUGUUGACAUUUUCGCCAUCACCGAGUUCCCGACAAAGGAGGUUGCUCUGGAGAUUCAGCAGAGUGACGAUGGCUGCAACGUUCUCAUCAACCUCGUCAACGGAUACACUAACAUCAACACCCAGUGCACUCUCGAGAUCAAUGGUACCGUCGUGAUAUACGGAAGGCUGAUCAGCGACUUUCUCGAUGGUAAAACCGGUAACGAGACUGACUCAAGCAGUGACUCCGGCAGUGAAAGUGAAAGCGAAAGCGCCUCCAGCUCCGCAUCUGAAUCUGGAAGCAGUUCCAGUUCUGCGUCGACCUCAGGCUCUACCUCCAGUGCGUCGACUACGGCACUUUCCAUCGUGACUUACGGUGCCAUCGCCGCCAUCGCUGCUGCACUGCGCUAGACUAGCGAUCACGACUUCGAGCAUGUCGUUUAAAAAACAACUGCAAGAAAAAAUAAAAUUGACAAAAUGAAAGUGUUAAC